GGGCGCACAGUUUGGUGCAGACGCGCAGACAGAGGAGCAGCUCACUUCUUCUACUUCUUCUUCUUUUCCUUCUUUUUUUGUAUCUGCACCGUUUUUUUAGGGAUUUCUUCUCUUCAAACAUGGGCUCCGUGCUCCCUGCAGACGCUUUAGCUCUCAAGUCUGGAUUUAAGUGUCCGAGUCGUGCGCUGUCGGACGUGAUCACCUCGGACAUCCUGCACAGCUUCCUGUACGGCAGGUGGAGGAACGUGCUGGGAGAACACCUGGCGGAGGAGCGGCACAGCAGCAGCAGCCCCAAGACCGCCUUCACUGCGGAGGUGCUGGCUCAGUCUUUCGUCGGAGGUAGGCAUGAGAAUUUGAUUUAAGACGGCACUUUUUUAUGUUAUUUAGAGGCUGGUUUCUAGAUAUUUGUGGGAGAAACAGGCGAGUUUUGGACAUUUUUACGAUUUUAUAAAAAAAAACAAAAAAACACGUUUUUUUUAACGAUUGCUUAGCGCACUUAAAAUUAUGCAUGUGACCUAAAGUUACACAUAUUUAUCCUUAAAGAAAUAAAAAAUGCACCAUCUAUGUAUUUUGCUUUUGCGCAUCAAAUCGUGCGUAAAAUCCAAACACCCCCUCUCAGACGUUUUCUCGUAUUUUCUUCCACUAACUUGUUGCAUUUUUCUGCACUUUCUUCGCCUUUUUUCGUCCCAUUUAACGCAUUAACCCUUUCAGAUGUGUGGGACCUCGCGUUUGGAGCCUUGUUAGGCGUGUAAGCGCCGCUGAUUGAAAGACUCAGGGCAUUAAAUUCAUUUGGUUAACUUUGUGCUUGACCUGGGAAAGUUUCCACUUAAACCUUUACUGCAGAGAAAGGUUCCCUUUCUUUGAGAUGUCCCGGGUUUUUAUCCCGCAUUCAUCAAUCUCCGGACAGUCUCUUUUCCUCUCUUGGCAGCUAUGGGGCUCCGCAGCUUUUCUCUUUCUCUCUCCUUAAAAGAUUUGCUGUUCCUCGCAUAAUGCACCGUGAAGGCUAAAUCUAAUGCUAUUCAUUGCAUGUCAACCAUCUAAUCGCCUUUCCAUUUUUUUGUCGCCGAAAUUCCUGAGUCUUUUAAACAAGUCCUCGUCUCAUUCAGCGCAAAUUUAUUGCUACAAAGUUCUUAAAAGGAUAAUGAAUUUGGAAUUAGCCGUUUUCUUUUCCAGUAAACUUUAAUGAAUAUCACAUCUGAAGCAUGACAAAUCGCUGGACCCUGAGCAAUAGAGGACCAUUUAACCCCGAUUCCACCGGCCUUUUCUCUGCUGCCUCAAAUAAAAAAAUCUUUGAUUUUGACAUUAAAGAAGCGCAAGAGUUUCUCUUUCUUCCCUCUCUGGUGCGGAUAAAAAUGCUUUCUGAGGGGGUUUCUAUGCGCAACAAAAACUUUCAAUUCAAGCAGAUAAUCGAAUUAAACGGAGGAUAAAGUGUAGCUUAAUAUUUCUGGACUGGAAUAAGAUCCAGUCCGUUUGCUGCUUUUAGGACUUUUCUUGCUUUUACCACAAAAAUCGCUAUUUUUGCACAUUUCUCUCAUUUCUGCUUCUGCACAUUUUUAGAAACCUUUUUCUUUUAAGAUUCUGAUGCACUCGGCCUCAAACUUUACAGGCCUCAGAUUUAAAUUUCUAUUUUCUCUUUUGCAGAGGUGCAGAAGUUGUCCAGCCUGGUCCUGCCCAGUGAGGUGAUCAUCGCCCAGAGCUCCAUCCCUGGAGAAGGUCUGGGCAUCUUCUCAAAGACCUGGAUCAAAGCAGGGACCGAGAUGGGACCCUUCACGGGGAGAGUCCUGUCCCCUGAGCAUGUGGACUUACUCAAGAACAACAACCUGAUGUGGGAGGUGAGCUCAGAGUCCAUGCUUCUGUCUUCACAGCUGCAGAAAAGGUCUGAUCCUUUGAGAUAGUCUAAUAUUGUUCUGUUUGUUCACAUGAUCAGGUGUUCAAUGAAGAUGGCACUGUGCGAUACUUCAUCGACGCCAGCCAGGAGGAUCAGCGCAGCUGGAUGACGUACAUCAAGUGUGCAAGGAACGAGCAGGAGCAGAACCUGGAGGUGGUGCAGAUCGGGAGCAGCAUCUUCUACAAGGCGGUGGAGGUGAGGAGUGUUUCUGCUCAGUUCAAGAAAAUUAAAACUGUAGUCCUUUAAUGCCUGAAACCACAAAUUAUGGCCAGAAAAUUCACAUUAUUUUGGAGCUGAAAUGUUUGUUUCACCUAUUACUGAAAACCAAAAAAAUCAAAAUGUCCUUAAAAUUCAACAAAUAUAUUUAUUUAUCUGGUUUAGAUGUUUUUGGAAACUGAUAAACUACAAGAGGACAUUUUUAUCAUUUAUCUGACUGUAUUCAUGUGUUUUUUUAAGUAAUUUGUUGAUCGUAUUGAUUUGAUAGAAGUAUCAUAAAAGUAUGUUUCAAAUAUGAUACAAAAGACAAUAAAGGGUUAAGGUCUGGAUGACAGUGUGCUUUGAAAGAGCGCCACCUGCUGGAUAAAAUGUGGUGGUUUUCUAUCACAGUUCAGCAAAUUCAAAAAAUCACAUACUGACCAGCUGACCUUUUGACCUUUUCUUCCUGUCUCAGACCAUCCCACCGGACCAGGAGCUCCUCGUCUGGUAUGGAAACACACACAACACGUUCCUGGGAAUCCCUGGAGUUCCAGGACUCGAUGAAGAGCAGCAGAAGAAGAGCAGGAAUGGUGAGUACACAUCAGGAGCUCGUUUGUUUCAACACAUCCCUAAACCACUCGUCUGUCACACCCGUCCUCAACUCUUCGUUCUUUCUCCUCCAGAUGACUCCCACCCCUGCGAAGGCCCUUCUUCAUGCUCCCCCUCCUCCUCCUCUUCCUCCUCCUCCUCCACCACCUCAGCGGGCCGCAUGCGUUGCGUCAUCUGCCACCGCGGCUUCAACUCCCGCAGCAACCUGCGCUCGCACAUGCGCAUCCACACCCUGGACAAACCGUUCGUCUGCCGCUUCUGCAACCGCCGCUUCAGCCAGUCGUCCACGCUGAGGAACCACGUCCGCCUGCACACCGGCGAGCGGCCCUACAAGUGUCACGUCUGUCAGAGCGCCUACUCUCAGCUCGCAGGCCUCAGGGCCCACCAGAAGAGCGCGCGGCACAAACCGGUCAAUCACGGAUCAGAGGUGUCGUCCCAAGUGUCCCCUCCUCCUCCUCCGCCACAGAUGACGGCUCUGACCCACCAGCACCAGAUGCCCCUCGUUCACCACAUCCCCACCAUGGUGCUAUGAUGAUGCAAACGCAGAGAGACAGUGAUGCAGAACAACGUUGCACUUUAGAUUACAGCUGUACAGAAGAAGUGAAGGACACAGAGGAGUUCAUGUGAUAGUAAAACAUCCCUCACAUUCAGUUUUUUAGCCAUUUUGUGAUUCAAAUUCCAGCAAAAAAAGACAAUUUCUGAAUAUUUUGAUCAGCUAAAAUACGCUGAAAAACUCACUGUUCUAUGAUUUUACAAAUGCUGUUUUUUACCACUGUCAUUCAUCACUGCAAAUGUGAGCUUUUUCUACAUUUUGCAUCACAUCCUCACCAGCUCAGGAGAUCACUUCGGUCAGUCAGAGAUUUGUCGGGGAGCAGAAACAAACAAACAAAAAAAAAGGACGUGUUGUUUCCGCUGCAUCAGUCCACACUGUAAACUGAAUUUGUCACUUUAACCUUGCACAGACUGUAAACUUUACGAUUGUGUAAUUGUAAAAUUGUAUUGUAUGCUUCUGUACAUGUGAAUGUAAAUACAUUUGUGCUUUCUUCUAUUCUAAAUAAAUACCUUAUCAUAUUACAUA